AUGUGGCUGCUGCUGUUAAGCGUUUCGCCUUUACUUGCACUUCGAUGCCCCAGCGAAAAUCCUGCUCCUUUGCAGUUUCAUCUGGUGCGUCAGUGUCAACGCGCUGCUACGGCUGACGCACUUGCUCUGGAGAGCACAGGAACUCUAGAAGAGUGCAUGGCACUUACACGUGAGCUGCGUGGCCUGGCCUUAAACUUUGCGCCAGGUGGACCAGGCCGACGUACCAAUCGUUUUGAUCCACAGCCAAGAGAGCUGGCAAGCAGCAGGCGGCAAAAGGAUGCGAGGAAUCGUUUGAGUGUCUUUGAGCAGCCAGCGGAAUAUUUUAACUGCCAUGUUCUGGCGUGCCCACAAAAUACGAGCUUUGCAGGCAUGACGAACGAUAGUCGCUUCGACUACUACAGCUUAUACGGCAGGCCGACAGCGCUGCAUAACAUUAGCUGCGUUGCACAGGUGGGUCUAUUUGUCUUCUAUACCCAACCUGCCAACUAUUUGAAUGCUUCCACCAGCUGCAGCAAUGCCAGCGAAUUUAGUGGAAGCCUAGCCCAUGUUGCCUCCGAAGCGCGCACCUAUGCACUAGCUCAGUGGCUGCUGAAUUAUAAUAGACAGCGUGUGGGAGAACACCCAGAACCGGGCAUCCUUCUGGCAUAUGUGGGCUUGCAAUUUAAUGUCAGCAAAUCCCUGCAGCCACUGGACUAUCGCAAUGCACAACAGGAGAGCCUGCUGUGUUUUCUGUAUCGCGCCUGGCAUAAGGGUCAUCCCCGGGUUGGGGGCAGCCAAGCCAAUGCCAGCUGCGUGGCUCUGACGCCGAACGGUACUUGGCAAACAUUGAGCUGUGAACAUGAGCUGCCCUUCAUCUGCGAGAUUUUUACGCCACCAAGAGCCAAUACGAACACGCAAUUGGACACAGGAGCAAAUGCUGCGGAUGCGUGUUACUGA